UCAUUUUGAGUUUCCGGUAAACUCUUUGUUUCCUUUCAUGUGUCCAACCAAUUAUUAUUGGGUUAUUCACCAUGGCAACCAGUGAAAUGUAUUUCUGAGUUAGGUUGGCUUGUUUUCAGAAUUCACAACGAAAUGCCUCCAGCUGUCCAUCACCACUGUAAAUAUAAAGAGUGGUUAUAGAGGAAAAAACGUCAGAAAGCAAAUUCAGUUGAUGUGGAGCAGAAGACAAGAAAGAAGAAGGAGAGGGGCACUUCAUCCCCCUCUCCAAUUCCAUCUGACCGUUCUGAACGGAAUGGCUCCGCUACCUCUGACCCCUCACCCUCUGACCAACUCUCCUCCCUCCAUCCACCUCCCUCUCCUGUUAAAUGUUCCUCUCAGCCUUGCUCUCCUGCUAAACAACCCUCUGUACCCCGGUCACCUGCCAAAAACCCUUCCCCAGUGAAAUCCUCUCCAGUGGUGUCCCAGCCUAGUUCUCCCUCUCCUACCAACCCUCUGGACCGUCAUGGAGACACCAGUCAGGAGGGCACAACAGUCAGACCUCUGUCUCUUCAGGAACACUCUAGUCCAAUGCCCCAGAGACCAGUCUCAGCCACCAGAAGCAUGACUCUUCCCAGGGCCAGCUCAGCCACCAGAAGCAUGACUCUUCCCAGGGCCAGCUCAGCCACCAGAGGGUCAGAAGAGACCCAGGGGGCCAGAGGAGAACGGGGGGAACUGGUCAACAUGGAACUUCUUGGGUUGCCUAACAUUGGCAACACUUGCUUCCUUAACGCCACCCUGCAGUGCCUCCUGGUCCUGCCUUCCUUCUCAAAGGAAAUCCUGCACCAGGAACAACUCUGGAGCUCCUCCCCCUUCUCCAACCUGCUCAGGUGUCUGUCUGAUGUGCACCGUUCGGGUCUACCUGACAGUGUGGCAAACCAGGCCUCAAAAGCAGACCUCAUGUGGAAGGUCAAGUACUCCUUGUCGGGAUACGAUUUGAAGUAUCUGGGGGACACGCAACAGGACGCACACGAGUUACUUGUCAAUAUGCUGUGCCAGCUGAAGGAGGAGGGCAUGAUUCUGAAGACAUUCGGGAUGAACUAUACCUGCCCUGUUUCCCAGCUGGAGUUCCAGCUUGUGUCGGUGCGCAAAUGUACCAGCUGUGGGCGCGAGUCGUCCACCAGAGAGGACUACAACCACCUCUCAUUGGACAUCAGCCCUGAGCGCACCUUGCUGAACAGCCUAGCACUCACUUUCAAAAGUGAACAGGUUGAAUUCACAUGUGAGGGCUGUAAAGGCCUCCACGCCUCAAAGGUGGAGCAGUUCCACACACUGCCUCUUGUGCUGGUUCUGCAUCUGAAGAGGUUUGGAGGACUUGGGGGGUUGGAGAAGCUGGAGGCUCCUCUUUUGUUUCCUUCGGAGCUGAGGCUCUCCACCCUCUAUGGGGACAUGGUGCCACACCUGCACAGUGCCAGCCCACAGGCCCUCACCAACCAGGCCCCCAGCAUCCAGGGGUCCAUCCCCCAGACCUUUGCCAGCCAAGUCUCCAGCCCACCUGGAGCGGCCAAAGACAGCGCCCUCUGCUGUUCAGAAGCAGAAGCCAGUACAGUCAGUGAAUGGUUACUACCAGCUGACUGGCGUAGUCUCUCAUUUGGGAGGCUCCGCAAACUCCGGGCACUACAUUAGUGACAUAUUGCAUGCCAGUGGAAACUGGUUCUGCUGUAACGACAGCCAGGUGUCAAUGUCCAAUGAAGCCACUGUGCUGAGGACCAGAGCCCGGAGUGCCUACAUGCUCUUCUAUAUGUUCAGGUACUGUUUACUCUCACCAUCUAUAUUCUUGUGUUGCUAUUUAUGUGUACGGUUCCUUUCACCCUACAGGGCAAUAGAGCGGGAGGCCCCAGCACACAGGGCCUAACAGGGCCACCAGCAUCAGCCCCAGCCUAAACAGGGGCAGCACCUGGACCAGCCUCCAAACACUCAGACCUGUCUCAACAGGGGUAGUACCAGGCCCACUCUCAAAACCCCCAGCCCAGCCUCAACCCUCACACACCUGCCUCAAAAUGGGUAGCACUUGGCCCAACAUCAACAACCCCGAGCCCAGCAACAUCAGGGGCAGCACGGGGCCCAACAUCAACACACCCAGCCCAGCCUCAACAUGGGAAGAACCAGGCCCAGUUUCAACAUGGGCAGAACAAGACCCAGCCCCAACACCCUCAGACCUGCCUCAACAGGUGCAGCAUUCGGCACAACUUCAAUCAUGCUGCUCUUCAACACUAGCAUGAACAUUCUUUCAGUAGCUUAUGUCAUAAAUACCUGCCCUUGAUUUGACUACUUCACCUAAUGUAUAAACGUAUAAAGUAUACACACUAAAUGUAGUACACAUGUAGAUGUGGUGGAUAGAGAGUGUGAUUAUUUAGAGGAUAUAACAUCCCUUCUAUUUGGUUUGGUUUGAAAUCCUCCUGUUGUGAAAUACACUGUGGUGUCUAACCUCUUUUUCAGCAUGGUCACACCGGAAGACCUGG